UACAAUAGUGCCUGACUUGCUGGUUUUUGUAGUUUGUUAAGAACUUUGUUUUUGCAUUCGCUAUUCACGUGAGAAGUUCAUUUCCAACUACCGCGAAAUUUUCAUUAAUAAGUGAAACUUUUUAAUUUCCGGGAUAUUGUUAAAUGGUUAUUAUAAUUUAAAGGCUUUUUGGCAAAUCGGUUUUAGUAGUUGUUUAGAUAGCCAACUGACCACACAAUUCUCUGUUCGCGCUCUACCAAUCAACGCGACGACAUUGAUGUUGAUGAUGGCGCCGAUAAUGGACAAGCAACACAGGCUAGCAGUUAGCAGCGCAUUGGUCUAUUUGGGCCUUCUCGCUGCAUGCACCCUGAUGACAAUGCCGACCUUAGCUGCGGGUCGUUUGAUGCAUUACAAGUACAUGGAUGUGAAUGAAAAUCCCGCCGUUAAUACGGACAAUGAAAAUCCCACACCCAUUGUGGGCAUACUGACACAGGAGGUGUCCCAGUUUAUAGUGCGAAAAUAUCCCAAUAGUACAUUUUCCAGUUACAUAGCAGCGUCCUAUGUUAAAUUUGUGGAGAGUGCCGGUGGACGUGUGGUGCCCAUAUGGAUUGGCCAAAAACGCGAUUACUAUGAAGAUAUCCUUUCCAAAGUCAAUGGAGUGCUAUUACCCGGUGGUGCUACUUAUUUCAAUCAAUCCGAUGGCUAUGCUGAUGCUGGCCAUCAUAUCUACGAUAUUGCCAUGAAGAUCAAUGAGGCGGGUACCUAUUUUCCUGUUUGGGGAACUUGUCUAGGCUUUGAACUGAUGGUCUAUUUGGCGGCCAAUGGAACCGAACCUCGUACCUACUGCUCAUCAUCGGCUCAGGCAUUGCCACUGGAAUUUGUGGAGGAUUUCCAAAAGUCACGCAUGUUUCGUAAUGCUAGUGAUGAGGUUAUAAAUAUUUUAAAGAAUUAUCCUGUGACUGCUAAUUUCCACAUGUAUUGCUUUACAAGGAAGACUUUUGCGGAUAUGGGCCUGGAUGCAAUGUGGAAUGUGAUGAGUCUUAACCAUGACUGGGAGGGAAGUGAGUUUAUCUCAAGCAUUGAACAUAAAAGAUAUCCCUUCUAUGGUGUACAAUUUCAUCCGGAAAAGAAUCUUUUUGAAUUCAUACCAAAUCGCAAUAUAACCCACACUGCCCGUGCCAUAAAAACCUCACAAUAUUUUGCCGAUUUCUUUGUGAGUGAAGCCAGGCGAAAUCGCCAAUAUUUCCAAAACCAAACCGAAGAAAUGGAGUCCCUGAUAUACAAUUAUGCACCCAAGUAUACGGGCGCCAUUGGUUCCUCUUUCGAGCAGCAGUACCUAUUUGACGAACAGCCAGUGCUACGGAAUGAUGGAGUGGAAAAAAGUGCUGCCGCCUGGUUGAGUUUGAUUGCAGUUUUGUUAGUCCACCGACUAUGGUUGUGAUGAAGGCGAGAAAAUCCUAGAAACGUUGUGCUUUAAUGGUGGCAUUUUAAAUAGUUCUUAGUUCAAUGUGUACCUUUGCCUGAUUAUGAGAUUAUUUAGCUUAGUUUUGUUUUCUUUUUUGUGUUUGUUGCAAAUACUAUUUUGCAAAACUUGCCGCUUUCUUGUCAAAUAAGUUCCAUUUUGACUACCUCAAAACUACUAGGAUACGAGAAAAUUUGUGACUUUUGUGUGUGAAAUGUGUAACGAGUUUCUAAAGUUUUUAUAAAAGUAAAGAAAAUAUUUUUGCAUUUAAAAUGCAUUUAAAAAGUGAUAACAUUUUCUAUUAUUGAUCAUUAUCCUUGUUCAAGUCUUCUUAAAUAAAAAAUAAAAUCUUU